AUGCCAGUGAUUGAACCUGAGGUCUUCUGCAUUGUGAUAACAAAAUUCUACCAGCAUGUCCUUGCCUUGGCAUUUGCUGUGAAAGAAAUUAAUGAAAAUCCCAGAAUCUUGCCCAAUGCUACAUUGGGGUUCCACAUCGGUGACAGCUACUACGAUGCACAGAGGACUUACCGCACCACUCUGGACCUGCUCUUCAAAUCACAGAAAUUUGUUCCCAACUACAAAUGUGGCAGACCAAAAAACCUCAUGACCAUCAUAGGGGGGCUUGGCUCUGAUAUCUCAUACCGCAUGGCAGAUAUCUUGGAUAGGUAUAAGAUUCCACAGCUCCACCUGAUUCUUCAAGACAUAACAUUUAACAACUCAGCUCGAGAAACAGUGUCCUUUAACGACAAAAGAGAAAUGGAAGGUGGAUUUGAUAUCAUGAGCAUAGUCACUUUCCCAAACAACUCCUUCCAGAGAGUGAAAGUCGGAUGGGUGGAGUCCAGAGCUCCUGAAGGAGAUGAACUAAUCCUUGAUGAGGAUUUAAUUGUGUGGCCCAGUGUAUUUAACCAAGUCCCACCCCUUUCUGUGUGUAGUAACUCUUGCCGCCCUGGUUAUCAGAAGAAAAAGAGGGAAAAGGAUAAAUUUUGCUGCUAUGAUUGUGUUCCAUGCCCAGAAGGGAAGAUUUCAAACCAGAAGGACAUGGUUGACUGUGUGAACUGCCCGGAACAUCAGUAUCCAAGCAACAACCAAGAUCAUUGCAUCCCUAAAACUAUCAGCUAUCUUUCUUACGAAGAACCUUUAGGGAUCAGUUUAACGUCAGUUACUGUUUCUUUUUCCCUGAUCACAGCUUUGGCACUAAUAACUUUUAUUAAGCACAGAGACACCCCCAUAGUCAAAGCCAACAAUAGGGACCUCACCUACACUCUCCUCAUCUCCCUCCUGCUGUGUUUUCUCUCUUCUUUGCUCUUCCUUGGACAACCUGGGAAAGUGACCUGCCUUCUCCGACAACCCACUUUUGGCAUCAUCUUCUCAGUGGCUGUUUCUUGUGUGUUGGCCAAAACCAUCACAGUGGUUGUUGCUUUCAUGGCCACCAGGCCAGGGUCCAGCAUGAGGAAGUGGGUAGGAAAAAGAUUGACCAACUCCAUUGUGUUUUCCUGCUCCCACAUUCAAGUUGGUAUUUGUGCCAUGUGGUUGUCAACUUCUCCCUCCUUUCCAGAUUUCGACAUGCACUCACUGACUCAAGAGAUCAUAUCAAAAUGUAAUGAAGGCUCUGUCACCAUGUUUUAUCUUGUCCUGGGAUACAUGGGACUUCUAGCCAUUAUCAGUUUCACGGUGGCAUUCCUGGCUAGGAAGCUGCCAGACACUUUUAACGAAGCCAAGUUCAUCACCUUCAGCAUGUUGAUGUUUUGCAGUGUUUGGUUGUCGUUUGUUCCAGCCUACCUGAGCACUAAGGGGAAAUAUAUGGUGGCCGUGGAGAUCUUCUCCAUCUUGGCCUCCAGUGCUGGUUUGUUGGGUUGUAUUUUUUCCCCAAAAUGUUACAUUAUUUUGCUGAGGCCUGAGCUGAACAGCAAAGAACAGCUAAUGAGGAGAAAAAGUUAA